GCUGCCGGGCGGUGUCGUGCGGCCCCCCGCGCCCGUGCGGGGACUAUGAAGCACCAUGGUGUGGUGUGACCGUGGCGUCCAGAUGCUGCUGACCACGGUGGGCGCCUUCGCAGCCUUCAGCCUCAUGGCCAUCGCCAUCGGCACCGACUACUGGCUCUACUCCAGCGCCCACAUCUGCAACGGCACCAACAUCACGACGGACGAGGCGCAGGGGCCGCCGCGGCGGGCGCGGGGCGAUCUCACGCACUCGGGGCUCUGGAGGAUCUGCUGCCUCGAAGGAAUCUACAAAGGACAUUGUUUCCGGAUCAACCACUUCCCUGAGGACAAUGACUACGACCACGACAGCUCAGAGUACCUUCUCCGCAUCGUCCGUGCCUCCAGCGUGUUCCCCAUCCUAAGCACAAUUUUGCUGUUGCUGGGAGGACUCUGUGUCGGAGCAGGAAGGAUUUACAACAGCAAAAACAACAUUAUUCUCAGCGCUGGGAUUCUCUUUGUUGCAGCAGGUCUCAGUAAUAUCAUAGGGAUCAUUGUCUACAUAUCAAGCAACGCAGGUGACCCAAGUGACAAGCGAGAUGAGGACAAAAAGAACCAUUACAACUAUGGCUGGUCUUUUUAUUUUGGAGCCUUGUCUUUUAUUGUGGCCGAAACCAUAGGUGUUCUGGCUGUGAACAUUUAUAUUGAGAAGAACAAAGAGCUGAGGUUUAAGACCAAGAGGGAAUUCCUUAAGACUUCUUCCAGUUCUCCUUAUGCCAGGAUGCCAAGCUAUAGGUACAGGAGGCGGAGGUCCAGAUCCAGCUCCCGCUCCACGGAGCCUUCUCCAUCCAGGGACAUUUCUCCAGUUGGCAUGAAGAUAGCAGGCACCAUCCCCAUGAACGAAAUUUCCAUGUACACCCUUUCCAGGGAGCCUUUGAAGGUCACCACGGCUGCCAGCUACAACGCAGACCAAGAAGCCAGUUUCCUGCAGGUCCACAACUUCCUCCAGAAGGAAUUUAAGGAAGGACUCCACGUCAACAUGGUCAACAGGAGAACGACGCCGGUUUGAAGCACCCUCCUUCCUUGUGCUUUUUGAAGAGAUGCCCAAACAGAAUGGAUCUGUCAGGAGCGAUGUUAAAAUACCCUCUCACCUCUUUAAUUGUGGCAUGUGUUGAGGCAGCAAGUGGAGAUCCUCUGGACCAACAUAAAGAUAUUUACACGCUCGUAGCUUUUUUUGAAGCUAUUUGGAGUUUGUUUCUUUCCGUUCUUGGUGUCACAAGAUGAAGGCAGUUCAUGUUCCUGCACUUUUGUAGUGUGUACACAGCCUUGGAGAAACUGCAAAGGACUGGCCACCAGUGUGUUUUAAAGGAUUACAGAAAAUUUGUUGUACUUUUUUUUUUUCUAAUAUUGAGAUCCCUUAAUACAAACUUGCAAAUAUAAUUUAUAACCAAGCCCAAGGAUGAAAAUGAGCUACUCAUCAAGUGAGCCACUUUCCUUCAACACGGCGUAAGCUUUGCCUCUUUCAAAAUAAAAAAAAAAGAAAAAAGAAAAAAAAGAAAAUAUUUUUGAAGGCAACACUUUCUAAAACUGACCU